UGGGGAGAAGGGGAGCCAUGGAAGAGACACCAGACUGUGAUGAGGGAGAGGGACACCAGUCGAUAAACACCUACAAGGGCUGCAUGAAGUUCAGCGACUGCUACUCAGGCUUUGUCUCCACCACCAUGGGCUCCAAGGACUACAUGGUAUCUAAUACACGCUGCUGCCAGAGCGAUGGCUGCAACCGUGGCUCCGUGCCCCCUCCCCAGAAUAAUCGGACUGAGAAUGGCCUUCAGUGCCCAGCCUGCAUCCAGCCCUUCCAGGAGACCUGCCCCGGGACCCAGCCUGCCCGCUGUGUGGGCCAGGAAACCCACUGCGUCUAUUUUGCUGGCAACGUGCAGGCUGGUAUCAUCAGGACCAAAUUUGCUACUCGGGGCUGUGCCACAGAGAGUGCCUGCUACUCCAGACCUGGUGCCCAGGUGCCCUCAGCCUCUUACCUCUACUUCCUCCGCCGGGCUGAUUGCCUUCCAGCCUCCCAGUCCCCUGGCAGGGCUGAGUGAGAAGCUGAGGAAUGCAUGACUUGAGGUCUCCAUUUACCCUCAGCCUGCAGCUGCCCAUGUGCACAUAAAUUAAAGAGG